AUGUUACUUUCUUCUCCUCCUUUAACUUUGCUCACCACUUGUGUUAUGACUACAAAUGAGGGAUCAAUUGGUGAUCGCAAGUUUUGGGGUAUUGUGCAAGAACCUGUGAUCUAUCUUUCUUUUUCUUAUCAUUCUCUCUUUAUUAUUAUUACUCUCUUUUUCUUCCUCUUUUCAUUACUUUUUUCUUUCUUUUUCUUAUUCUUUCUCUAUUAUUAUUACUCUCUUUUUCUUUCUAUUUUCAUUACUCUUUCUUUUUCUAAUCAUUCUUUAUUAUUAUUACUCUCUUUUUCUUCCUCUUUUCAUUACUCUAUCUUUUUCUUAUCAUUCUCUAUUAUUAUUACUCUCUUUUUCUUAUCAUUCUCUAUUAUUACUCUCUUUUUCUUCCUAACUUCAUUACUCUUUCUUUUUCUUAUCAUUCCCUAUUAUUAUUACUCUCUUUUUCUUCCUCAAUUCAUUACACUAUCUUUCUUUUUCUUAUCAUUCUCUUUCUAUUAUUAUUACUCUUUCCUUAUUUUUCUUACUCUAUCUUUGUUUUACUUAUCAUUAUCUAUUAUUAUUACUCUCUUUUUCUUCCUCUUUUCUUUACACUAUCUUUUUUUCUUAUCAUUCUCACACUAUUAUUAUUACUCUCUCUUUCUCACUCUUACUUCUUAA